CGACCAAUGAACGGGCGAGACCAGCAGCAAGUUCGCUUUCCAAAGUUAGGUUGAGGCGAGCGAUAUUUCCCAGCGUCCUCUGCGCGCGCUCUUCGCGGCUUUCGGUCGUUCGUCAGAAGCGCAGUGGCCUGAAAUCUGAGAAAUCAUGCAGGAUCACAUUCAGAAAUCCGGCGGUCGCAACCGCUCCGAUAACAACAGCCCACGGAAGAGGGAUUACCGUCAGGAGCAGGGGCCGGGCGGCGCCGCCAACAACCACCAUCACCAGCAACAGGCCUCGGGCCGACAUGGCGACCGGGCCUCCGCCGCCGCCCCCACCGGGCCCGGCAUCACCGUCGACAUGACCAAUUUCCGCAAGCCCGGCGAGAAGACCUACACCCAGCGCUGCCGUCUCUUCGUCGGCAACCUGCCCAACGACGUGAGCGACGACGAGUUCAAAAAGAUGUUCGAGAAGUAUGGGGAGCCGUCUGAGAUAUUCAUCAACAAGGAUAAAGGCUUCGGCUUCAUUCGUCUGGAAACCAGAACCUUGGCAGAAAUUGCGAAAGCAGAACUUGACGAUACUACACUGAGAGGGAGGCAGAUAAGGAUUCGAUUUGCAACACAUGGUGCUGCUCUCACAGUCAAGAAUCUUCCUCAGUUUGUAUCAAAUGAGUUAUUGGAUGAAGCAUUUUCUAUCUUUGGACCAGUGGAAAGAGCAGUGGUGAUCGUAGAUGACCGUGGAAAACCAACUGGAAAGGGCAUUGUUGAGUUUGCGGCAAAACCUGCUGCACGCAAAGCUCUGGACAGAUGCACGGAUGGUGCAUUUCUGCUGACAGCGUUUCCAAGACCUGUGACUGUGGAACCGUUUGACCAGUGUGAUGAUGAAGAUGGCCUUCAAGAGAAACUUGUUCAGAAAAACCAACAUUAUCACAAGGAACGAGAGCAGCCACCACGAUUUGCCCAGCAUGGGUCAUUUGAGUAUGAAUAUGCCAUGAGAUGGAAAGCUCUGCUUGAAAUGGAGAAACAACAACAAGAGCAAGUGGAUAGGAAUGUGAAAGAAGCACGCGAAAAACUAGAAGUGGAAUUGGAAGCUGCACGUCAUGAACACCAAGUCAUGUUGAUGAGGCAAGAUUUAAUGAGGCGUCAAGAGGAAUUGAGGCGCAUGGAAGAACUACAUAAUCAGGAACUGCAGAAACGAAAACAGAUGGAACUGAGGCAAGAAGAAGAACGCAGAAGACGCGAGGAGGAAAUACUACUUCGUCAGCGUGAGAAGGAAGAAAUGAUGAGAAGACAACAGGAGAGCUUUCGAGGAAACUUUGCCGAAACUAGAGAGAAUAUGAGGUUGGAAGAAAUGGCGCAACGUGCUGGAAUGGCCAUGCCAGGCAUUCCAGGACUAGCUGCACCUCCCGUCAAGCUGUUCCAGAACAGUAAGAACGCUGGCACUGAUCCGACAAUGGAAAAUUGCCCAGUGGGACUAUCUGCAGUUGAUUUUUCAAAUCUUAAAGCAGUCUCUACAAACCAAGUUCCGCAGCCACUUAUGGGAAUGAACAGACCCACUGUGAAUACCAAUGCACCACCACCUCAAGGUCCACCUGGAAGCCUGGGAAACCAAAUGCCAGAAAACAACAUUGGAUUGCAUAUCAUGGAGCAGGUAAAUUACCAACAAUUGGAGCGCGGUUACAGCAACACAGCGGAACUAAAACUGGAAAUGGGGAAGAUUGCAUUAGGUGAAAGAUUACUACAAUGGCUAUGGCCAGAAUCAAAGCAGACGACUGAAGGGAAGGUGCAAAAGAGGUAGCUGGACCUUAAACGUUAAAAAACAGUAUUGAAAAUGGACAUAUGCACUGGGAUGUUUGUAUUGGGGACAGGUUUCUUCCAAUAUGGAGAAUAUUCGGGCAGUUUUGCUAAAAAAAAAAGGAUUUGUGACUCAAUCACCAAUAAAGUAGUAUUUAGUAACUUGUUGGCGCUUUCGUUUACAGUGUUCUGAUUGGAGUCUCUGCAUUCUCACGAACCCCCAUUAAACUUGUUUAUCAGAUAACUUAUUGUCUUAAAAAUAUUCAUACUCUUAGAGGAAGGAAGUUCUAAAGCCCCACAACCGUUUGAGAGAAUAAAUUUGCCUCCUCUAACUUAAAUGGAAGCAACCUUUUAGUUUUAAAGAUAGGCUUCUCUCACUAGAGGACAUCUGCUCCCCACAUCCGUCAGAAUCUUGUAUUUAUAAUCUUUACCGUUCUAAAUGUGAUGGAUAUAAGCCUGGCAUGUUGAAUUUUGCCUUCAGAUUUUCUUAAUUUCCAGGUAUUGGUCUAGUAAGCCUUCUUUGAGCUGCCUACCUCUCAAUUUCAUGCCUCUAUCAUGACACCUCUCAGCCUCCUUCACUCCAGGGAAAACUGACCUAGCCUAUCCAAUUUUGCCUGUUCACUCAAAUGCUCCAAUCCAGGCGGCAUCCUUGUGAAUCUUUUCUAUACUUUCUGUAACAUAAUCUAGUUCCUAUUAGAUUAGAUUCCUGAUUGGAAUUGCACAUUAUGUACAAUGUAUGGAGUGACUCAGAAUCAUCUGAUUUGCCAAGUUGUGCAACUGGUUUCCUGUUGCAAGUGAAGACGUAUGCCGAUACUAAAAUAGCUUGAAGACUAAAAUCUUGAGUUCUUGUGAUUGAAUAUAACACUGUGCAUUGCCCAAUAUCCAUGAUGCACAAUUCUGGUUAGGACGGUGGAGUGGCAAUGGAGCCGGAAUCCUAUCUAUUUCCUGUUUCCAGCCCAAAGAUAUUAAAGCUAACAAUAUUGGAUAAAAUCCGCUAACUUAGCAAAAGUUGUAUUUGGUCAUAGGACAUGAUGCAUGUGGCUCAGUGCCAUAUGAUGAGGUAUAGUCAGAAUGAAUGGAAACAUUUUUGCUGUUUAAUCAGAAAUGCUCUCUAGCAUAAAAAUAUCAAUAGCAAUAUGCAACAUGAUGUCUUACCUCAACUGUUUAGUUGCAAUGUUUUAAUUUCAUAAAGACUCAAUCUAACAACAUGUUAUUAAGUUUAAAAGUCAAUGCACUCAUGUAGAGAUAUUCUUUGCGCGUACAUGCCAACUCUGUAACAUGAGUAAAUAGAAUACUUCAAGCAAAAUGACAUCAAAUGUAUAGAUCUAUUAACCUAAUAAAAAUGUAGACACUUGAUUGAUGCUGUAAUGUAGAUGGCCAACUGCAGUAUGUUUUAAUUGUGUAAAUGGUAUGCUGUGGUGUGUUCAUGAAGUGAUUUAAGAAACAAUUUUUUUGCUCAAUUUUCUCCUGUGCGGUUAAUGGGUGGAAUCCUCGUCGAAUUCGAACUGUGCUUUUGUUUUGUUAACAAAUUCUGGUUUGUCUGGUAUAGUGACAGCUUUGAGAUUAUGUUGUAAUAAUCAGGGGCAAUGACUCUUACUCUGGCUCCUCUAUCCGUUACUGUCGCCACUCUGUACUUUUGUAGAGAAGAACAGCUUGUCCUUUCAGAGGGAAAACCGCAGAUUCCAGUAAAACUAUUGCAUGCUCUAUUUGUACCUUCAAUAAAAGAAAAGAUGUGUAAGAAGGAACUGCAGAUGCUAGUUGGUGUCAUUGCUCAAAUAAACGGUCCUUUUUUCCCAGAUCUUCUCAAAUGAAUUCUCCUUGACUCUCAAGAAAUAUGUCAGUUUCUCCAUAGUAAUGAUGUCGCGCUCAAUUUCUAGGCGAUGUUCCUGUUUUUUUUUUUCCAUUAAGCCACUGCCUGGUAAUGGCCUUCUUACUUGCUGCAAGCAAAACUUUAAUCAAAUGGGUAUCUUCUAUCUUUACAAUAUCUUUAAUGUGCCCCAGAUACUUCACAGGGCAGGUAUUUGGGAUUUUAUAACCCAAGAUAUUUUCAAUAGCUGCGUUAACAUUUUCCCAGUAUGGCCUUGUCUUUACACAGUUCCAGAAAAUAUGCGAGUGGUCUGCCUCCGUACUCCCACACAACCUCCAACAGUGUUGUUGUACAGCAAUUUGUCUGCUUUUUAUUUUGGGUGUUAUAUAAAAAAAGUGAGUAAUGCCCCUGUCCCACUUAGGAAACCUGAACGGAAACCUCAGGAGACUUUGCGCCCCACCCAAGGUUUCCAUGCGGUUCCCGGAGGUUUUUGUCUGUCUCCCUACCUGCUUCCACUACCUGCAACCUCCGGGAACCGCCCUUCUGUUUGUAUGCAUCCACAAUCACCUUGAUCACGUUAUUUGAAGUUUCAUCUAGUUCUGGCCUUAUCUCUUUGGUAAAGUCUCUUAAUUGCAAGUAUAUAAAAAAGAAAUCCUUGUUUUCGAGACCAUACUUUGACUUUAAAUCUUAGAAGCUCAUAAACUCGCCGUUUUCUGAAACUAUACAUUGCCGUUAUGCCUUUUUGUGCCCAUUCUUUGAAUCUUGAAUCAUACACCCCUGGUUUAAACUUUGAGUCAUAUGCGAACCACUUCAAUGCGUGAAUCCCUCUUUUUAAUUUGUAUUUUUCCACUAACGUUCCAUAUUUCUAACGUAAAUGCUACUAUUAGAUCCGUACAUGUCUCAAAGCCCUCUCAGAUAUUUGCCUCCCACCAAAAUCUGGGUCUGGUAACCCUGUAUCUCCCUUUCCAUUUCUUUGCAUCGAGACUCAUAAUCAGGUUUACAUCAACAAGCCAGAGGUCUGAGUUGAGCUGCAUAAAAGUAUUUCCUCAGAUUUGUUGAAGCCAUUGCUUUAUGGCAAGGGCGGAAUGAAGUGUUAGUUUUAUUCUUGUUUUUUUGCUAUUCCAAAUGAAUCUAGAGAUCAUCUUAUCCCAGGCUAUGAAUUUGGCUCGGGGAACAUUAAUUGGGAGAGAUUGGAAUAAAUAUGGUAGUUUAGGUAGGAUAUUCAUUUUUACUGUUUGUAUCCUGGCACUGAAGUCUAGAGGAAGGGUAGACCACCUUUCAAUAUCUUUUUUUGCUGUUUUCUUCAAUUUUGUCACAAUUAGUUUCAAACAUGUUGGAAAGUGUUUUGGUUAUAGUUACACCAAGAUACUGCAUUGUUUUUGAAUUCCAUUUCAGAUUAUAUGCAUCUCUGAUUUGUUGGGAUGGAGAAUAAUUGAAGGAAAGAAUUUGUGUUUUUGUUAUAUUCAAUUUAUACCCCGAGUAGUAUCCAUAUGUUUCAAGUAGGUUCAUUAGGUUUGGGAGACAUAUCUGGUCGUUCAAGAAAAAUAAUGACAUCAUCAACGAAAAGGCCAAUGAUAUGUUUCCCCCCUAUUUUGACCCCCCUGCAGGUCUUCUCUCUGCCUUAUUGCUUGUGCUAAGGGCUCAACUUACAAAACAAAGCGAGUAGGAGAGAGACAGCAUCCUUGUCUUGUGCCCCUCUCGAACUGGAUUAUUUUUGAUGGGUUUCCAUUUACCUUAAUCCUAGCUGUAGGCUCCUGAUAUAUUGUUUUAAUACACCAAAUUGCAUCUUCAUUGAAACCAAAUCUCCUUAGUACUUCAUAUAAAAAGACCCAACUAACACUAUCAAAGGCUUUUUCUGUAUCUAAACUGACCAGGACUAUAUUUGUAUCCUUUUUUUGAGCAUUAUCCACAAUGUGGAGGGUUCUUCUAAUAUUGUCCUGUGUUUGACGCCCCCUAAUAAAUCCAGUUUGGUCUUCAUUAAUCAGAUCUGGUACAAAAGUCUCUAGUCUUUUGCAAAUGAUUGAGAUAAAUAGUUUGUAGUUUACAUUUAAAAUUGAGAUUGGCCUGAAAUGUUUACAUUGCUCUUUGUCUUUGCCUUCCUUAGGUAAAAUGGUAAUAAUUGCUUCCUUCCAUGAUGGGGGAGCCCUGCCCUCUUUAAGGGUCCAGUUAAAGCAAGGCAGGAGCAGAAGUGUUAGCUCUUUCUUAAAGGCCUUCUACCAUUCUGGUGGAAACCCAUCACUGCCUGGUGAUUUACUUGCCUUAAGUCUACUGAUUGCAGCUUCCAGCUCCUUAACCGUAAAUUGUGACAUAAUGGUAUUAUUUUGUAUCUCACCAAUGGAUGGCAGGUCGAGUGAGUUAAGAACACUUUCGUCAGCUGAUGGUGGUUUGGAAUAGAGUUUCUUAUAGUACUCAUCAAAUAUUCUUUCUAUCUCAUCUGGCUCAUGUGAUAAUUGAUUCGUUUUAGGAUCUCUUAUUUUCUGAAUUGUAUUAGAUGCCUGCUGUUUGCGCAGGCGUCUGGCCAGGAGUCUAGUUGCUUUUGGACCUGCUUCAAAAUAGGUCUGCUUUGCAAAUCUUGCCCUUUUUUCUAUAUCUCCCCUGAGGAUCUCACCUAUCUCCCCCCCCCCCCCUUAUUUCCUUAAUCUGUUUUAGUACCACCUGAUCCUGUAUGUUUUUAUUUUUUUUUCUCCAAUUCUUUCAAUGUUUCUACUUUUAUGUUCAUAUGUAGUUAGCCGGGCCAUUUUUUGUGAUGACGUCAGGGCGAUCAGUUUUCCACGUAUAACUGCCUUCAUAGCAUCCCACAGUAUUACAGGAUCCACAUCCCAUUUAUCAUUCUCUUUUAUGUACCUUUUUUAUCUCUUCCCUUAUUUAUUCCACAUUUGCCUUGCCAUUUAAAAUACCCACAUUGAGCUUCCAAACAGUAUUUCUUUUUCUACUAUUCAGGUGUACUGUCAAGCUGAUCGCACUAUGAUCAGAUAUAUCUGCCACCCCGAUUUUACACUCUGUGAUCCUGUGGCUUUCACCCGUAUUCAUUUAAAAAGUAGUCAAUCCUGGAGUAGACUGAGUGAGGUACUGUAUAGUGUGUAUAGUCCCUUUCUAAAUGGUGAAGUUCUCUCCAAACAUCAAUUAGGCCCAUUUCCUGCACUGAUGUUAAUAAACUUGGUCAGAUGCAUCUUGGGUUUUUUUAGGCUUGUAUUCAAAUUAUGAUUCAU